GCGGCGUGAGUGCGUCGGCUUCCACUCCAUCGCCGGUCGAGCUACUGCGAGCAUCUACCUGUCGGAUCUCUUCAAUUUCCUUAAGUCUUCGAGGUACUCAGCAUUCCUGCUAACCAAGCGAAAAUGCCCGCCACACGCAGCCGCCAAAGCACUGAGAAGCCCGUGGAGGAGGUCCCCACCGAGCCCACAAAGGGAGCCGAAGAAGUUCCCGAAGGCGUGAAGCCCGCGGAACCCACCGAGGCCGCCGAGAAGGACAAGGAGCCCACUUCCACCGAGGAGGACACGAACGGAGCUCUGAACGGCGCGGAUAAGGAAGACGCCGAUGAUGAUGAGGAGGACGACGAAGCCGACGAGGAUGAGAAGACCGGCGCUGAGGACAACGAAGCCGAAGACGACAAGCGCGACGCUGAGGAAGAGUCCGAAGACGCUUCCCCCAAGAAGAAGAUCAAGACCGUCGAAGAGCCCGCUGUCGAAGCCGAGGACUCCGCCCCUGCCGAGGCUGAAGAAGCCGCUUAAACGUUCCGCGACCGAACUACUACAGCAGCAGCAGGGAAGAGGGGAUCCUAAUAAUUUAUUGGUUCCUGGUCACUAAUCAUGUGAACCAGCAGCGCAGUGGGCACUUGUACAUUCGUUUGUUCGGAAAAAGCAAGGAGAAAAGUAAGAUCGAUCGAUGAUUGAGGGCGGGAUAAGACCACACCACACCAAACAACAAAAGCAUCACCAAGAAUGCUUUCCUUCUGAAUCCGAUCCCAUCUUGACGACAUCGACAGCAACUACCAUAGCUCAUGAUAAUCCCAGCUGCUCGAAGCAGCGGCAGCAGAAGCAGGCAAAUUGUAUAUCCAGGUUAUUGAUCGUCACACUGUCAUGACAAUAAUACAUCAUUACUCUUAAUCUCGUAAUUACAAUCAUCUUCCCUCUGGAAUCGUCAUUCCCUUGAAAAACAAGCAAACAAACAUACAGCAAGUGGUGGUGGUGUGUCGUCACAAGAAGCUGAAGGUGGUAGACUGUAUAAAAUAAAUGUGGACGGAACAACUGCCUUCCCGGAUUCUCGGGACAGGUUCACUGUACAAAA